GUGAGAAAGGAAACGUUUUGUUUUUUUUUGUUUUUGCAUAAAAAUGUACGCCCUCAAAACGUCGUCAUGUGAAAUUUCCAAAAAUGAGUGCCUGGAGUUGAAUUUUGGUUUGUUUUCUUUGUCUAGUAUGAAAGUCAAUGUAGUCUCUUGGAAUAUGGGUGCUGAAUGGUCUUGGAAAGUCAAGGAAGACGACGACAUUUGUGGUAUCUGCCAUUCAGAAUAUGAUGGUUGUUGUCCUACCUGUAAGACUCCCGGUGAUGAUUGUCCUUUGAUCUGGGGAAAGUGUACUCAUGUCUUUCAUCUCCAUUGUAUCAUGACCUGGUUUAAAAACUCAACUCAUGGCGAGAUCUGUCCUAUGGAUCGUACGCAAUGGCAAACAGCGCAAGCACAAGUCUAAUUCUGAACUUUAUACCCAUCUUUAUUUGUUAACUAGAUUUAAAAAAAAAAGGAGAAUGGCGACCAUGAAAAAUCAUUAUUAGACUUACUUUCUUUGGAUGUAAGCUGUUGUCUCAUUAAAAAAAAUUAGUCCGCUUCUUUUCUCUUCAUCAUUUGUAUAAUAAACAUCGAAGCUUGUUAUGAUAGUGCUUCCAGCAAACAGCAUUAUAGUUUCUCAAGAUGGAGUUUACAACGUACUGACAAAUAGCAAAUAACACAGAAUGAACUAUUUCAAAAAGUAGGUAACAGACGGAAAUCAGUUUGAAUGAUAUUGUUUUUGAGACCUGUAAUUAAGUUGUGGAACACAAAUGCUUUCAUG